GCGCGCUGGGGAGGGGUGUCGAGCGCGGGUACGAGAAAUCUGCGCGGACCUCCGAGUUUUAUGUUUAUGUCACUGCUCGUUCCCCUAAACCUGCAGGUGCGCUGCUCCCUCCUCAGCGGCGUUGCGGAGCUGGAGGAGGCAGCCUGGGCCGCCAUCGCCGCUGGUGCCGCGGCCGGGGGCGCGCUCGCCGCCGUGCCCCUGGGGGCUGCGGGCGCGUGCCCCGUCGGACGCCUCGUCUCUGCGGCGCUCUCGCCGCAGGGGCGGGCCGCGUGGAGCGAGGCGCUGGCCCGGCGCAGCGUGCCGGGCGUGGCGCUGGCCUUGGCUGCCACUGCUGCCUGCGGGGGCACUGUGGCCUCGGUGCUCCCGCCAGAGGCAGAGCUGCCUGCGGUGGUGGCCGCCUGCGCCGCCGGCGUGUCGCAGUGUGCCCCGGGCGAGCUGCGAGACGCCAGCUGCCUGGCGCUCGUGACGCUCCUGACCUCCGCGGCCUACUCGCACACGUCCAGGGCGCAGGCGCUGCACAGGGGCGCGUGCCUGCGGAAGGCGUUCGAGGCGGUCGCGGGCGCGCACGAGGAGCCCAGCGCGCAGGCUGCCGAGGAGGACUGGGCUACGAGUCCAGUGCUCUUGUACCUGCUGCUCGUCAUUAGGGCUGGGCCACGCUGGCUCGACCUCGGGCAGCUUUCCCAGCACGCCUGCUCCCUCGCGAGGCUGGCGCGGGCGCCCCGAGGCAGCGGGCCGCGGCGCCUGCUGGCGCUGCGCGUGCUGGAGGCGGUGGCGGAGGCGGGCGGGGCCGCGCUGCCCUGCCAGCGGGCGGUGCUGCAGCAGGCGGUGGGCGACGGGUCCGCCUGGGCCGCCGCCGAGGCGGAGAUGGCCGAGGUGGCGGCAGCGCAGCGGCUGCAUCUGGCGGAGGACACGGCGGCGGACCUUCUGCAGCAGCUGCGCGCGCGCGUGGCCGAGCGCCUCUGCGCCGCGCUGGGCUCCUGAGGCUGGCCAGCCGGAGCAGCGCCGGCACGGCGCCGCGCAAAGGUGCCGCCGCGUGUGCGCGCCUGGCGCCACAGAUGCCGUCGGCCGCGCGGCAGGAGUGGCCUUCGCCCAAGCCCCGACCUCCACUGCAGUGCAGAGCCCGGCAGGUAGUUCUGGUGGUCGUUUUCAACCUCCUGGGGCCUCCUCGCCGGGCACUGUGAACGCCCACGAGCAGCUCGAAUCCCAAACCGGC